AUGCUGACCCCGGCGUGGGGGGAACUUUGUCUGUUGUACUUUUAAGGAUAAACCUUUGAAAUAGUUUCUCAAACACUGCAUGCGGAGGGCGACGGGGCGGGGACGUAGCGCUGCAGUGGAUUCCGACCUCCUCCGGGCCAGGAUGCGCCUCUCCUACAGGAGAAACUGUGGGAGUUCUACUAGGAGAGAGUGGCCAUCCCCGCUGAGGAGCAGGACACAGCCUGCCGGGCCGCUCUGGAAAUCUGCGUUGAGCUCAGAAUCUUCCUGCGCGGCAAGCUGCCCGACAUGCCCCUUCGAGAGAUGUACCUCAGCGGCAGCCUCUACGAUGACCUGCAGGUGGUGACAGCGGAUCACGCUCAGCUCAUGGUCCCUCUGACCCUGGAGAAGAACCUGUGGUCGUCAGUCCCCGGUGAGGACACCAUUAUGAAUGUUCCCGGCUUCUGGCUGAUUCGCAGGGAGAACCUAGAAUACUUCCCCCGAGGCAGCAGCUAUUGGGACCGCUGCAUGGUAGGAGGCUACCUCUCCCCCAAGUCUGUCCUGGAGGUGUUUGAGAAGCUGGUGGCGGGCUCCAUCAACUGGCCGGCCAUCGGCAGCGUUCUGGACUACGUGAUCCGGCCGGUGGUUCCCUCGGAGACGCUCACCCUGGAGGUCCAGUACAAGACGGACCGCCAUCUUUAUGUGGACUUCCUGCCUCUGCUGGUGAUGGACGAUGGCGCCUCGCUGAUCGCCAAACCACACAGGCUGGCCGCCGAGCGCCACGAAAACCUUUGGCGGCAGAGCUUCCGCGUGGCGGAGACUGUGCGCCUGCGGGCGCUGGACCAGGAGGACCGGGGCUGCCGCUGCGCCUGCCUCAAGGUGACUAAAGCUGUGUGCAAGCUGAACCCCGCCCUGGCGCGCCUGUCGGCCAGUCAGCUCACCAGCGCCAUACUGCUGCUGAGUGAGAAGGAGGGCGACUGGACCCAGGAGGCGCUGGCUGACCGCUUUCUGCAGUUGCUCCGCUCGCUCGUGGGACACCUAGAGGCCGGGAGGCUCCCCUGUGCCCUGAUCCCCAAGGUCAACCUGUUCUGUGAGCUGACGCCAGUGGAGGUGGAUGAGCUAGGAUAUACCCUCUACUGUUCCCUCUCUGACCCAGAGGGACUCCUAAGGACUCCUCAUUCUGACUGAGUCUGGUCAUGGGUUCUAGGGUUUAGGACAGAUGGUAUAUAAUUCAAACUAAGGUUCCAUAGAUUCCAUACUGCAGAAAAGGAUAUAAUAUGUAAUUCAUAUGUGUUUCAGACCUGGACCAUGUCCCCUAUGACCACGUUGCUGUGUGAUCGAUUCAACAUUACGUCUAUGGAGUCGCUGUUUCGUCAAUCAAUAUGUUUCUCUUGUACUUUUUUUAUUUGCGUAAUUAUGUUUGUGAUCAAGUAGAAAUGCAAAAUCAACCACUUUAGUUUGGGGGUUUAACAUAUUUUUGACAUGCAAGCCAUAUCUGCUAAAUUCAAAUACAGGAUCAUCCAAAUACCAGUUAAACCUCAGAUGAUGAAACCAGUCUCUUCAUAAUGGUGCACGUAAGCCAUUUUAUAAAUGGUACUGUUCAGAGGGGUAUACUACAAAGCAUGAUCAAGGAGUUAGCCAGCUAACUUGCCUAGAUAUCCUAAAAAAAAAAUAUUAAAAAAUGUUGAAAGAUAAUCUUCAAAUGGGCUUGGUCUAAGUUAAGCUUUCUUAAUGAAACAAAAAAAUCUACAAUUAUUUCUGGUUUAUCAAAGUUGAACCUGCUUCAUAGUAUACCCCUUGGGUUAGGGCUCAGUGUUUGUUGAAUUGGGGAUUGCUUCAUUGGCUAAUAUUAUGUUACCAUAAUAUUAUGUAACCAAUUUGGAAUGAAUGGUGUCGGAAAAAUAUAUUUAUUAAAUUAUAUUUAUUAAAUUAUAAUUUGUGGGAAUGGAAAUUGGGGUCUAUUUGAAAUACAUUUUGUUAGCGCCAUCCUCAGAUUGCAGGUCUUUCAAAUGGUGAGAUUAUGAUGGGUAACAUUAGUCUAAUGCUAGUUAAUAUCAUGUCUGAACAGGGGCAUGAAAAAUCUCUGUCAAAUGAACAAGCCUCAAUAAUCGGCUCUAGCAUUAUUGGUCUCUACAUACACUACUGGUCAAAAGUUUUAGAACACCUACUCAUUCAAGGGUUUUUCUUUUCUUUUUUUAUUAUUUUCUACAUUUUAGAAUA